AUGGAGGAGGUCGGCCUCGUCCUCAACAUCCACGGCGAGGUGCCCAACAACACGCAAAAGGACGUGUCGGUCAUGAACGCCGAGUCCAAGUUCCUGCCGACGCUGCUCGAGGUGCAUGCCAAGUUCCCCAAACUCAGGAUCGUGCUCGAGCACGUCACGACGGCGGACGCCUGCGACGCGGUGCGCAGCUGCGGCCCCACUGUCGCCGGCACCAUCACGGCCCACCACCUGUCUCUCGUCAUCGACCAGGCGGUCGGCGACGUCUUCUGCUACUGCAAGCCGGUGGCCAAAUCGCCCGAGGACCGGCGCGCUCUGCUCAACGCGCUCGUGACGAGCAACGGAAAGUUCUUCCUCGGCACCGACAGCGCCCCACAUGACAUCAGCGCCAAGAAGGGCAAGGGCAGUGCGGCCGCAGGUGUCUUCACGCAACCCCACGCGUCUCAGUACAUCCUGACGGCCCUGGAGGAGGGCAUCGCGCGGGAGGACAUCAAGGAUGAGCAGGUGACCGAGGAAGUUCUCCGGGGCUUCUUAAGCGAGUGGGGACGCAAGUUCUACGGCGUUGAACCGGCGACGCAGAAGAUCGUGCUUACCAAGGGCGACAAGGUCAUUCCCGAGUCCGUCAAGGACGCAGGCGUCGAGGUUGUGCAUUACCGGGCUGGCACCAAGACCUGGGACUUGAAGUGGCAGUAG